AUAGUUACUACUACUAGCUUUAUAUACAAGACUUAGCUCAACCUUACCUGCUCAAGGUGGGGGGUCAAUGAGAAGAAAAAUAAUAUAAAGGCUCAUUUAAAAAGCUAAAAGGUUUUUUUUUUUUUAAAAGCUGAUGAUUUCACAAAGCAAAUUACUGCUUUUUAGGUUAUUAUGAUAUUGAAGCAACCAAGUAUGUGCUUAUAUUCAUUCAAUAUCUUCUGAUACAGAAUAAUAAAGGAUAGAUUCUCUUGAUAUAUAAAGAUUUAGCUAGCUAGUAGAGCUUCAUCUUUAAGAUAUAUAUAUAUUCUCAAAAAAAGAUCACACUACCCACUACAAAAAUCCACCCAUAUGUUAGACAAUCACCACCAUCACCACCACCACUUCACUUCAACACCUGGCCCUAGUUCAGGUUUAGGGGGUCCUUCUUCUUCUUCUGAUCAUUUUCCUUCCCAAGAUAAUAUUAAUAAUGGUCCUCCUGGCAAAAGAAAAAGGCGCCCUGCGGGUACUCCAGAUCCGGAUGCUGAGGUAGUGUCUUUGUCACCAAAGACAUUACUAGAGUCAGACCAAUACGUAUGUGAGAUCUGCAACCAAGGGUUUCAACGGGAUCAGAAUCUACAAAUGCAUAGAAGGCGUCACAAGGUACCAUGGAAAUUACUAAAAAGGGAUUCACCCGAGAUCAAGAAGAGGGUUUUCGUGUGCCCCGAACCGAGCUGUUUGCACCAUGAUCCAUGUCAUGCUCUUGGAGACUUAGUAGGGAUCAAAAAACACUUUAGAAGAAAACACAGUAAUAACAAACAAUGGGUUUGUGAUAAGUGCUCAAAGGGAUAUGCUGUUCAAUCUGAUUAUAAAGCUCAUCUUAAAACUUGUGGCACUAGAGGUCAUUCUUGUGACUGUGGUAGAGUUUUUUCCAGAGUUGAGAGUUUCAUCGAGCACCAAGACGCCUGUACGGUCCGAAGAGUCCAUGCGGACUUGCCAGCAUUCCAGCCCGCAUGUUCAUCUCGGACCGCAUCAAGUACAAGUCCAUCUAGUGACAAGAAUAAUUUCAGUUCCAUUCCAACUACUAUGCCAAUAAGACAUAUUCCACAUUUCCAACAACAAGACAUUCAAAGGAACUUGGAACUUCAACUAUUACCAUCAUUAUCCCUCUAUGAACAUAACAAUUUGAAUCUCUCGAUUGGAAGCGGACAUAGUUUGCAAAACAAAGAAGAAGAAAUGAGGAUUGCUAUGGCAGACAAGGCAUUUGCAGAAGAUGCAAGGCAACAAGCCAAGAGACAAAUUGAGAUGGCCGAGAUGGAGUUCGAAAAUGCAAAGAGGAUUAGGCAACAAGCACAAGUGGAGUUAGAAAGGGCUAAAGUUCUACGCGAACAAGCGACAAAAAAGAUCAGUUCCACCAUGUUGGAGAUCACUUGUUAUUCUUGUAGGCAACGGUUUGAAGCCGCUAGUUAUAUUGGCGCUGCGAGUACAAUGGAUGAGACCUCCAUCGCCCCGAGUUACAUGUCUUCGGCAUUAACUGAAGGUGAAUAAGCAGAUUGUUAGUACUAUUUUUCAAAACGCCACUAUUUCUUUCAUUUUCUGCGAUAUUUUUGUUUAAACCGGCCGUAUGACUGUUUAUAAGUAAUUUCUUUCGUGGUUUUUUUUUUGUUGUAUUUACUUCGGAAAGCAAAUAAACAAGGGAUUGAAGAAAAUGCUAGUAUAUUUGGAUGUAUAUAUUUUCACAUACUUAUUAAAUUUCUAGUUUUAUAACUAAUUGCUUUCUGACACU